ACCGGACGGUGUAUAAAACCCAAACCAAACACGUCGCUUCAUUCAUCACCUACUUCUAGACUAUUCCAUUUCAUUUCUCUUCUCUAUCUGUACUCGCUGCUGGGGUGUCCUGAGAUCACAUUGAACAAUGGUGAAGGCUGUGGCAGUUCUUAGUAACAGUAACGAGGUCUCUGGUACUAUUAACUUCAUUCAGGAGGGAAAUGGUCCAACCACUGUAACUGGAACUCUUGCUGGUCUUAAGCCUGGACUCCACGGCUUCCAUAUCCAUGCCUUGGGAGACACCACAAACGGUUGCAUUUCAACUGGACCACAUUUCAAUCCUAAUGGGAAGGAACAUGGUGCCCCUGAGGACGAGACUAGACAUGCUGGUGAUUUAGGAAAUAUCCAUGUUGGUGAUGAUGGAACUGUUAGCUUCUCCAUUACUGACAACCAGAUCCCUCUCACUGGAACAAACUCCAUCAUAGGAAGGGCUGUUGUCGUCCAUGCUGAUCCUGAUGAUCUUGGGAAAGGUGGUCAUGAGCUUAGCAAAUCUACUGGAAAUGCUGGUGGCAGAGUAGCUUGUGGUAUUAUUGGGUUGCAAGGAUAGAUAGCGACUCUCUACUUCCGGGAUCCAUGAAGUUGGAAAUGUGUGUGUUGUUGAAGCUUUAGAAGAAGAAUAAAUUGCACUCAUCUCUCUCUUGCUUGUUUAGGUCUGAUCUGUACUGUUGGAUAAUGUGUUUUUUUUUUUGGUAUUGAAAUAUCAAUGGCUAUGACUGCAUUGGUGCUUAAUUUAAUACUCUACAUGAAGUCUGUGCUUGUGGGUAUUGUCAUGCUUGUUUUGGGUUGGAGGUAUGAUCUUAAGGAGAUGAGUUUUUAAUAAAGACUUAAUAUUAGACCAUCUUCGGUAAACGAGGAUAAUAAUACAAUAUGGUGAUCUGAUAUUGUCUUAGACCUUAA